AUGGGGGAAUGGGAGGAACAGGGGGACGGCGACCACCACCAGUUGUGGGUGAAUCUCAGCGCCCUGGGGGAGGGGAACAUCUUCGCUGUGCUGCCGGAGUUGAUGAAAAACAUGCUGUCGCAGGACAUGGCGCUGUCCGGAAGCGCCAUGGACGUGGUGCUGCCCAGUGACGACGCAUGGCAGGCGAAGAUCUACUACAAGCUGGUGGAGAAGCAGAGGAUGAUGGAUUCGGCAUCGGCGAAUGACGACGCCCUGGGGGAGGGGAACAUCUUCGCCGUGCUGCCGGAGUUGAUGAAAAACAUGCUGUCGCAGGACAUGGCGCUGUCCGGAAGCGCCAUGGACGUGGUGCUGCCCAGUGACGACGCAUGGCAGGCGAAGAUCUACUACAAGCUGGUGGAGAAGCAGAGGAUGAUGGAUUCGGCAUCGGCGAAUGACGAGACCAUGUUGGACCAGCUCUUGAAUGAAGAAAGGACCCCCAAGCUCCACGACUGGAACAUCAUUCCCAAACCAAAGACGCUACCAUGCGAACCAAGAAGAAUAGAAACGAAGGCAAGCGGGACAAUUGAGCUGAUAACCUGGACAGUUAGCGACAUAGCCAAAGCUGGCUGUCUUCUUAGUUCCCCUCCUCGACCUGUCAGCUUUGAAGACGAGCAGGAGAUGAGGAGAGUCUACACGUUGAUUUACGACGUCUUUAGGUAUAAGAACAUCUUAACUCAAGCCCUGAACGAUAUCAGUUUUUUCCAAUUAUUUCCCAAGCUGGUGUCCAAGGUGCCCCACGUCUGGCUGCUCCUCUACGACCUCUACCACCGAGGAUUCAAGCAGCGCGAAACGAAAUACGUGGCCGUUGCUUCGAAACUUUUCGACUCAGUCGGACUGACAUACGCCGAGAACGCCCUCUGGACGCAAAAAGUGAGACUAGCGGCGGCUGUAUCCCGACUUCGCAUCAAGCACAACGCUUUGUUGCUAAGCGAACUCCUUCCGCCUCAUCUAAAGAAUGAGAAGGUCACGGAACAAGCCAAAAAUGGACCUGUGACAUGUUGGGUCAAUCUAAAGAAGAUUAGAGACAUGUCCAAACUAGUUGAAGAAAUAGAACAGAGCUUUGGCAUAAAGUUGACGACUAUACCGGGAAAAUUUGACAAGACCUGCUUCAAAUGGGACAGUCACUGCCCUCAGAUCAUCGCUUUCCACGCUUCCAUGAGACCCAAAUUAGCCAGAAGCUGCUUCAUCAGAGACCACCUAAUGAUCAUUCAGGACAAGUCAUUCUGUUUGGGACCAGCCACUUUUGGCAAACUGGUUGCCGAUUUGGAAUUAACUGGCAGCGUCAUCCAGACGCACGUGAAUUCUCCCAGAACCACAGCCUACUUGGCAACGCUGUUAUGUCAGAACGAUAAGAUCAAGAGGCUCAUGGCUUUCAGUGCAGGUAAAAGGAAAGAGGACUACGAAAGUUACUUUCAAGAACUGGGCGUUACCAAUAUCACGAUCUUUUCCGACCGCCUCAUAGACACCCCUCCUGAUGCCAGUUACAUGGAAGAAGUGGUUGCUGUUUUCGCUACACCACCCAACAGUUACUCAGCGGUGGUAGACCCAAUAGAUCUGGUGUGUAGUCGUGGUGGAGACCUAUCCAUGUUAGAGGUACUGACCGAGGCUGACGACACCAAAGAAGCUAGGAAAAGAAUCGCCGGAGUACUGGAAGAACAAAAUAUGACUCUAAGAUUUGCCAUGUCGAGACCACAGAUCCAGUUCGUGUUGUAUGAAACGCAUUCGCAGCUAGAGGAAGAAAAUAACGUGAUGGUGAACAAGGCUCUGAGAGAAAUCAACAGGGUGGCCAAGCUGCACCACGCCACUUUGCAGGGAAAGAUAGCUGCUCCUCAAAUGACGGAAACGCAAUCUGAAAGGGAAAUCAACAACAACGAAAAUCUCCAACCUCCAGAUGGAUUAUCGUUGUCUACAAAGGCGUCUUCGGAGGGUCAGCUUUCGCUCCAGAGCGUCGAGAUCGAGCAAAACGUGCUUGAAGAGGUGCAGGUACCAAAAACGGACAUGUUCGAUCACCCAGAUUUGCCAACUUUAUGCCCAAAAGACAAGUGCACAAAUUUUGAAAAAGAGGGUUGCUUCUUGGCACUAUUGCAGAGAAAGGAAGUGAUUCGGCUGGAUGACAAAUACAUGAUCCAAAUGGCAGAAAAUAGAGGUCUUUUUGGGAGUAAUACCACGACGGGAACUGCCAAGUCGAGAUCGAGCAGAGCGGCUAAGAAAAAGCAAGAGAAAUCGCCAGAGAAGUCGCAGAGACAUAGGAAGAAAUUGAAGGAAUCAGAGAUCGAGCGCAUAGCCGCUCCAACUCACACUUUCCUCAGGCAUACCAAGCGAACCGAGGAAGUCGAGAGCUGCGAGAAGUCCACUUCUUCGGAAAACAGAUUAACUCAGUACCAUCGGUGGUGGACUGAAACGACCAGGCACAUUCUGGCUCUCAAAGGCAGUUUGGUCAAGCAAAAAAUCAUACCCCCGGAAAAAAUAAAACACGCGAACCCAACAGCGAUAGUUAACAGCAUGGCGUCCCAGAAUUUGUACGACGUAGACGAAGUCGCCGCCAACAGCAACAAAAACAUGCGAUUUCCAGUCUUCCCAAAGCUGAAGCUACCCAGAAAAAGCGUGUACGAGAAGGUGCAGAUCCCCCUGCACAUCACUUCCGUAGACUUUCCCAGGCCAAGGAGCAAUGCUAAAGGCGCUAAUUAUUGAAAUUUAUCCGUCUAAGAGUGCGCUGUGAUACAUUUUUCUUUACAUAGCUUAUACAUACCUAAUAUAAUUAU